UCCUCCUCCAUUGUAUAAUGCUUCGUGACCGCCGCCGCAGCCCGAGCAAAGCGGAGGCUUAAAUCCUUCCCGAGCUGCAUUCGCUUCCCCGCCCCCACUCCUCUCCUCCUCCUCCUCCUCCUCCUGCCCACCGUCAGCCCCACCACCCGCGGGCGAGGAGAGCGACAUAUGGAGCUGGGGGAAGAUUAGGAGGAGCGCGCAGGAGCAGCCCCUGAUGCUUCUCAGCUCUCAGGAGGAACUGCAUGUGAGAUGUGCAGGAAAAAGAGGUCGGCUGAGUUACUUUACUUCCUUGGAAACGGUUGAGGGUCCAAAUGUGCAGACGGAUCGGAGGUUCCCGUGUUGCUUUGAGCAGAUAUAUGUUGGGGAAAGGAGGAAAGCGGAAGUUUGAUGAGCAUGAAGAUGGGCUGGAAGGCAAAGUGGUGUCUCCUACUGAUGGUCCAUCGAAGGUGUCUUACACCUUACAGCGCCAGACUAUCUUCAACAUUUCCCUUAUGAAACUUUAUAACCACAGGCCAUUAACAGAGCCAAGCUUGCAAAAGACAGUUUUAAUUAACAACAUGUUGAGGCGAAUCCAGGAGGAACUCAAGCAGGAAGGCAGCUUGAGGCCUGUGUUCAUCACCCCUUCACAGCCUCCAGAUCCUCUUGGAGAAAACUUCCGGGAAGUUCAGCCUGCCUUUAACCAUCUGGCCUCUCCGCCAGUCCACCCCACUGACUCAGCAAGCACUACUACGCCACUGGAGUCUUGCCUCACCCCUGCCUCUCUGCUUGAGGAUGACACUUUUUGCACUUCACAGGCUAUCCUACAAGAUGGUCCUAUAAAACUACCACCUCCAACUAUCCAACCAGUAAAGGACAGUUUCUCCUCGGCCUUGGAUGAAAUUGAGGAGCUCUGUCCAACACCUACCUCCGCUGAGGCAGUAGCAGCUACAGCGACAGAAAUGACGGCAUCUGUUAACUCUAAGGGGAAUUCCAGUGAAUCCAGCAUUCAGAAGUCCGAGGGAGUCCAGGAGAACAGAAUAAAUGAACCUAAACUAAUGGACUCUUUACCUGGCAAUUUUGAGAUCACAACAUCUACAGGUUUUCUUACAGACUUGACCUUGGAUGAUAUUCUCUUUGCUGACAUUGAUACUUCUAUGUAUGAUUUUGACCCUUGCACAUCUACUACGGGGGCUGCCUCAAAAAUGGCUCCCGUCUCUGCAGAUGACCUCCUAAAAACUCUGGCUCCCUACAGCACCCAGCCAGUAACCCCCAAUCAGCCUUUCAAAAUGGACCUAACAGAACUGGAUCAUAUAAUGGAGGUGCUUGUUGGGUCUUAAAAUAUAGCAACUUUUUACAAAAAAAUGUUCCAGUAUAAACACUUGGUAGUAUUUUCACAACCUUCUCCCUUCUUACAAAUCUACGCAGACAGACAGACAGACACCCACACCCACCCACCACUUUGCAUGCAUCUUUGCUUGUCUUUUUCUAAAAAGGAUCACACUAGUUUUUGCUUCAAGCAGAGUUGGAGUGCCUUCAUCCAUGUAUGACCACUUUUAAUGUAUUUUUGAAAGUGGUUCCUCAAGGGAGACCUGAAAUCCUGAUAUGGGGGGGAUGCAUAUUGUAAACAAUAUUAAUAUGUUUGACAGAAAAAUGAAUUGUAAAAGCUAAGCACAAGGAUUAUGUUGGGGGAAAGCUGUAAAUUGCAUGUGCAUAUUUGUCUAUUUUUUCUAUAAGUUUUAUUGCAAGAGGUUAAAAUAUUAUUUAGAUAAUCAUGUAACUUUUUGGCAUUUUAGCCCUGUCUAGGUUGACAUAGCAAUUCAGCCUUUUUAGAGGUAUUAACUAUUCCUCUUUAAAUGUUGCAUUUACAUGGCUCUUAAAAGAAAAAAAUACCUGCUACCCAAAUUUAUUUUAUAUUUUUGUACAGAUUCUGCAAUUUAUGAUAUUGGGGUCUUUUCUUAAAAAAAGAGAAAAAAACAAAAAGCUGUUUAUACUCACACACAAAAAUGGAAACAUAGCUAUUUUGGUAGGAUUUGCUCACCCAGUUCCUGCAUACACCUUCUGAUGUAUAAGAACUGCUUGUAGUUUUAUACAGACUUGUAGUGUUUUAUAUGUGUAUAAUGGUGCAAAGAGAAAUUUGGAUCAAAUCAUUCUCAAGUUGGCCUCCCUGAAUCCAGACACACAUGCUUGAAGGGAAAGGCCCAAGGACUCUUCCCUUUUAAAGUUUCACAAAUAUUUGCUCCCUACCGCGUACUACUGUGAUUUUAAACAAAAACCUUAGAGCCAUGUCUAUUCCAACACUGAUGUCAAACAGUUGGCAGGAAAUAGCUGUGAAACUUCAUUCUGAUUAAAUUCCCUCUUCCUCCCACCCUAAAACGAUCAAGAAUAUUUUUUUUAUCAUGAAAUGAAGCAUUUUUUAAAAAAAAUUAAAAUACUAAAACCUGACUUCAACCACAUUCUUAACAGAAAAUUAAGCAUCCUUAAGCUCAUUUACUUGGGAAAGGCCCAUUAUGUGAGCUGGUCAUGGAGCAAAAAUUUAGGAUCCAAAUUAAUGGACUUCUGUGUGCUUAACUCUCUGUUGGAUUGCAUGCAGCCAUUGUAUUUGCAUCUAGUCUUAGAAUGGCAUGACUUAGUAAGUUGUAAUUAUUUUUAAACGGAACCAUAUUACAACAAUGUGUCUAGCCUUUAAAAAAAAAGUUUUUUGGCUGCAUAAACUGGCUACGCUUACUUUGAAAGUAAGUUACAUUGAAGUCAGUGAAGCUUUCUUCCAUGGAAAUGUGUUUUGGGGUCUUGGGAGGAGGAAAUGUUCUCAUCCCCUCCGAUGGUGUAUCGCGAAUAUACUGUAUUCCUUUGAAUUAGUCUUACCUUAGCCUUUUCUUAGAACAUACUCACUGUGUUAACAAGUGCUGGGAAAAAAGAAAGAAACUUCAGUAUUACUGCAGUGAAAUCAUCUCUUAUCAGCGCUGGAUGGACUCACUCAAAUAUCCACCGCUGUCAGAACUGGAGCCUGCCACAUUGCGAACUCUUGGUGUCUUCUCUAGGGUCGGUUUCUUGAACUGACUGUAUUACCUGCUUUACACUUUAUAAGGCCUGAUUUGUUUUGAAUCAACAACUGCAGCUCUCUAUGCAUGUCUCCCUUCCCACUGCAGUCUUCUCAUUACAGCUACUGUUGCAGUUCCCACCCCCUCUGUUUUCAUUUGUGAUGUACAUUUAUUUUAAAGAAAACCUGCAAUGUUAUCUAUCGUGCCUGUUGCUGAAAUUGCUAUGGCAUAUUAAUUUUAAAUGGUACUUAAUUGAGUGCAGGUUACAAACUAUAUUGUUGAUAUGCAUAUGGCUUCUUUAGGAAUAACUUUUAUAUUUAUUUAAGAAUUUUUAAAUUAUGUUUUAUGUAAUUUGGCAAUAUUCAGUCAGUUCUGCUCGCUUCUUGUCAUGGAUUUUAAAAAUUGUGUCUUGUCUGCCUUUAAGAAGGCAGCUUUAUAAAACUGGCACUUUAGAACAGGCCAUCUCUAUUUAUUUAAAAUGCAUAUAAUGUAUUAUGUGGCAUGCACACCCAGCUCCUCAUUCCCUUACCAACCAACUUGGCAAAUAGAGAAUUGCUUGUCUGAGCUAAAUGCAUCGAUUAAAUCCCAUUCCGGCCAUUAGUUUUUAAUAUUUUGAAAAGUGUCUUGUCACUCAGUGUGAAAUAAGUGAAGUUUUGAGAGAAUACUUUUGCUUAUCAUCAGUGGUGUGUAUGGCAGAGGGUGAGCCAUUCAAAACUCCUAAUGACAGGGUAUAAUAACUCCUUUAGAUCCAUGUAUACAGCCGGUGGUAUAUAUAAACCAUAAAUAUAAAUUAGCCGGUCACACAAAACCGUGUAUUGGUGGAGUCUAGCCUUAUCAAUAACUCCACAAAAUUUACUAACCCACAACAGUUUCUACUGGCCCCGUUGACCUAUCCACAUCUGCAGCACCAGAGUACUGUAGUCUGAAGUUGAAAGAACCAGCUCACUUCACAGUUACAGAACCUUCUCUCUGGGAUUGAGCUGGAGAUGGUGCCUAUGUGCCCCAGGCUACCAGCCAAGUUACAGCUUUGGGUGCAGAUAUUGAAAACGAGAGUGAUCACAUGCAUUACAGGCACGGCUCAGCAGUUGUUAAACUUACUCCAAACACUUCUCUGCUGGUGCAAUAUUAAGUUCAGGCUAAAAUCCAUACACUUAUAAGCAUCGUUAAGAAGAACAGCAAUGUAAGAUAAGUGCUUUCACCAUUGUUAAAAUCUGAUCCCACACUAACUUAGAAGCAAUUGUCCUCCUCUUUGGACUAGCUAAGAAUUUAAACAAGUUCCAUAUGUUGGAACAUCAUUUUUAGAGCAAAGCAGCAAGUUGUUUUUCAAAAACUGGCCCUUAUACCCUGCACAGUGAAUCCAUUACAACUUUUGUAGCUGAAGUCUAUCUUAGAACAUAAUUUGGAGCAAAUGGGUGGCAUAUGUGACCAGGAAAGGCAACUUCUCUAUAGUAUUUUGUGUCCAAAUGACCAAGUGUUUCUUAUAAUGCAUUGUAGCCCUUGAAAAUAUGAACUGAAAUAACUUCUGCUCCUGGAUAGCCUUCUCUCCAGUGUGACUCACAUUUCUUGAAGGGCCAACUUUUAACAGGCUAUGAUUUCUCUUCCCCCCCCCCCCAGGCAUGAAUACUGGGGGAUUUUUAUUUACACUCAUGUGCAAUGAAGUUACAAGAAGAGAGCAGAAUUUAAAAGAGCUUUUUUGAAUCUGAAGUAAUUUUUUCCCAUUUUGUUUUCCAUAAGUUAUUUAUUCCUUCUUAUUUUUCCUUUUGUAAAUAUAUUUAUUUUAUUGUGAAGCUAACAACACCUGGAUUGUAACAUGUACAGAAUGUAUGGUAGGAAUGUAUUCUCUGGUAGGAAUGUAAAUCCAUACGAGAGGGGAAUGAAAGGUAGGUUUUGAAGAUUAACUGGGUUCUAUUCAGGAUACAUGUCAUUCACAAGAUUCUUCCCCCUUUUCUCUACUCCUCCCUUUCUACUAUGAGUAGAUCUGGUUGGAUAGAAUUAUGCAAAAGAAAAA